UUGAAGGAGGUGGCCAGAGACAACACACACAAUCCAGACCUGAGUAUUGUGUGGAUUGACCCAGACAACUUCCCACUGCUCAUUCCUUACUGGGAGAAGACCUUCAAGGUUGACCUCUUCAGACCACAGAUUGGUGUAGUUAAUGUUACAGAUGCGGACAGUGUCUGGUUGGAGAUACCUGAUGAUGAUGAGCUGCCGUCACCUGAAGAGCUGGAAAACUGGAUAGAAGAUGUGCUCUCUGGAACAGUGAAUACAGAGGAUGAUGAUGACGAUGAUGACGAAGAUGAUGAUGACGAUGAUGAUGAUGAUGAAUGAUUCAUAUACUGUGAACCUCAAACAAAUCUGCUAAAAAUAACUUUCUUUUACAGCAAAAUCAUUUUGUACAUUUUGUACACUGCAGAGUUCUCUUAAUGUUAAACUGAAAUUAAACAAGUCAAAGAAGUCUCUUAUUUAUCUAGGUGAAAAUAAUUUAUUUUAUUCACUUCUAAACUGGAAAUUGAUAAAGAGAUUCAAAUGAAAUACUGCAGUGCAAUUUUGUCACUGCAUCCGUUAUUACUCUCUUGUACUUUUUCUACUGUAAUCAAUCACACAAGACAAUAAAACUUUA